GCCCACUCUAGCUCUAGCCUCGUGGCAGUUCUCCGACUCGAGUUGGCCUCUCGUCAGCCGCAUCCUCGACCUCGACCUCGUCCUCGACCUGGCCCUCGCUAUUCGCAACCUCUCUCCUCCGCCUGCGCAGACCCAGAAACUGAUCUUGCUGGCCUCGUCAUCCCCGAGGCCGGAAGCAUGCAUCGCCCCGUGCUUCACCAUGUCCGCGGAUCUGUUUGCUGAGUUCAAUGACCUCUCGGAUCGCCCACCACCAGCAACCCAACCACAGCCAAGCCCCUUUCACACUCAACCUCGCUUGCAAUCGCAGCCUCCGCCACAGGCCGCGCCCAAGGACCCCUUUGACUUCUUCAACACUGCCAGCCAUGCCUCCCCAGUAGUCGCACAGCCCGCGCAGGCGACGCAGCAGUGGCCAGUGUUCCAAUCCCAGCCUGUGAGCACAAGCCCGUGGGGAAUUGUGUCGGCUCCCCCGGCUCCGACGGCUCCGGCAAAACCUGCGAUCGUGAUUGAGGAGGACGAUGACGGCUGGGGUGACUUCGAGGUAGCCGAGCCAACGGGUCCCUCUCAUGCUCCAGUCCACGCCCCGGCUGUAGUAGCUAGUCCAAGCAUCUCGUCAUCAAUCUCAUGGCAGAAUCCAGCUCAACCUGCAGGUCCAGCUCCAAGCAUCUCUCCAUCAAUCGCAUGGCAGAGCCCGGUUCAAACUGCAACUCCAGCUCCAAGCAUCUCGCCGUCAAUUUCAUGGCAGAGCUCUACUCCAACUGCAACUCCGGCUCCAAACAUCUCGCCAUCAAUUUCAUGGCAGAGUUCCACUCAAACUGCAACUCCAGCUCCGAGUAUCUCGCCGUCAAUAGCAUGGCAGCGCCCGGCUCCGGCUCCAGCUCCGGCUCCACAACCAACAACUACUCAAGGGCCACCCGCAAGGACCCGGGUUGUGCGAGCUUCCACUCUUGAUCUCAUGUCCAACAACCUCGUCGAUACUAGUGGUCUACCACAACAACCAGCCGGAACCUCCUGGGGACAGCGGCCGGCCCAAUCGUCUGCCCAACGAGCUGCGCAGGAGACAAAAUCAAACGAACGAAUGAAGCCGAAGCUGAAGGCGGGUCCUAGCGACCCUAAUGUACUCUUCGAUGCUGAGGACUUUGAACUUCAGAUCCCCGAGGACGAUGAGGAUGAAGAUGAUGAUGAAUUUGGUGACUUCGAGACGGUCUCUCCCCCGCCUCAACCCAAACCAGCUCUCCCGAAGCCAGCUCCCGUAAAGACAUCUCCGCCUCCUCCCUCCAUGGACCUCCUUUCUCUAGAUGACCCAGUUCCACCUCCAAUGCAACCAGCCAGGGGGAAACAGCCACCUAGCCAACUGCUUGGGACGCUUUCAUUUGGUUCCACGGCUAUGAACUACCCACAGGCACCGAAGUCCCCAUCCUUCCAGGACCGCAAUCCCUUUCCCGAAUUGGCCAUCAAAACGCCCACAGGUCCUGCACCAAAGGACGACGGGCCCAAAUCGGCCUCGCCAAUUACAGCAUGGCCAACUCUAGACAGCGCUGUCGAGGCCAAGCAUGAAGAGUACAAAGACGAAGAUGAAGGAUGGGGGGCUUGGGAUGACUUCCCAGCCAACGACAGCAAGAAAGGGGACAAGAAAACAGACGUUGACUCAACUGUUCCUCCAGAGAGCUGGGACUGGGAUGCAGUCGACAACGUCCAGCCCUCCAAGUCCAAGAUCAGUGCUGACGCUCCUCCGCCAACAAACGUCCCGCCCCCGUCGGUUAUUCUUUCGGUGUUCCCGGAACUCCUGAACACGGGCGACGCGCUGUUCACGCCCAUAUCUGGCCAGAAUACAUCUAUCAAGCAACGGAUAUUAUCAGAUCCCAAGGCCGUUGACUUUCUUGAGGCCUAUGUUCUGCUAGCGACAACGGCAGCGCGUGUCAUCGCAGGCCGCAAACAACGCUGGCAUCGUGACAAGAUCCUCGCCAAGAGCAUGUCCAUCUCCGCAGCUGGAAGCAAGGGGAUGAAACUCGCGGGCGUCGACAAGACACAGUCGGCGCGCGAAGACCGCGAGGCCGCUGAUGUUGCUGCGGUGUGGCGGAGCCAGGUGGGUCGGCUCCGGUCCGCUGUCGCGGCGGCCAAGGCAGCCGGCAAAGCACCAAUGCUCCGGGUCCCGGAAAUUAGCGAGAUCAUACCGGUCCACGCGGCGAAAUUGGUGCCGACAGCUCCCAAGCCGUGCAUCAUCUGCGGGCUGAAGAGGGAGGAACGGGUGGCCAAGGUCGACAUCGAGGUUGAAGACAGCUUUGGAGAGUGGUGGGCGGAUCACUGGGGCCACAAAGCAUGCAAGAACUUUUGGAUAGAGCAUGAGCAGAUGCUACGACAGCGAUGAUGAGUUUGUGGGUGAUCUCUGGCUACACUUCUCUAAGUUGGCGAGAUGUGGCUCAGAUAUAUAUAUCAAAUCCUAUGUCCAGAUUAUCAACCCCUGCCUUUAUUCCCCAUAUCGUUAAGUUAUCGCACUUACAUAACAGCAUAAAAAAAAUAGAUAUAGAACUUAAUAAUAAACAAGAAGGAGAGGGGAUAGACUCGCAAGAGUGGGAAAUACAUAUUCAUCACCAUCUUAAGGACUAAUUCGCCACUCCAAAGCUCGACCAAGGGAAA